AUGACCUAUCAUGUGACUACGUGGCGGUCUCGCGACCAUGUUGAGCCAAUCAAAGCGCGCAAUCGCGCGCCGACACCAAAUCGGAGGCCUGGCAGCUGGGUACCCACUUUCGUUGAUCUGAAGGUUUCAAAGAACCUGCGACGAGCAACACGCGACGCAAUUGCCUCCGCCUCAAGUGCACAUUCGGAGGUGCUGCUGGAGGAAACAAAGGCAGAAACGAUUCUGCUGCGUCUUACGGGUUCGAGAUGCGCUCUGCGCACUCGACCGCAUGUGUCCGGCGCAAUGGCUUCUCCUGAGAUGUUCCUGUCGUCACCAUCACGUCCAAAGCGCCGAAUCGCAACUUCUCCACUCGUCAUAUCCUCCUCCCCAGAUCUUCCCUCGCUUCAGGAGUUAGGGUCGCGACCGCCAAACCCCCCAUUAUUCAAGUCGACUAUCCAGACAGCACCAAAGAACGAGCGCUCAAGAGUCGGUUUCACUUCAGCGCCAGAUCCCGGGCCGCAGACGGUGAACCGGUCACCAAGCCCUCACAAUCCUGUUCAUGAAUCGCACUAUCGAUCGCCUACAAAACCACGGCCACAACCAUCCCUCGCGAACAAUGAUAUGGCUCCGCGGCGUGCUAAGGAGGGUGCGGCUUGUCGACCCCUGCUGCUUUCAUCGUCUCCUACAAUUAUACCCGAGGCAGCUGUAACUGAGAGCAGAUAUUUCAAGAAACCAGCCAUCGAUCCUCCUGAAGCCAAAGUAUCUACUACAGCUAUACAGUCUGUACCUCAUGAUGCAUCUCUGAAUCUAGAGCUUGCCCCCGCGAGACGCCUAGAUUGGACCCCGCCGAAACAGAAACCGCCGAAGUCUAUUGAGCCAGACAGUAGCGAUCCGGGGACAAACCAACCAGAUUAUGAGGAGACUGGGGAGGAUGGGGCACUUUCUAGGGUUCUCGAAUCUUUCAAAUGCGAUGAGGUAUCGACCGCGAGUACAGCUACGCGAUCCGACGAAGACGGUAGCAUUUUCCGGAAACGCAAGUUGAUCGACGCAAUGUCAAUGAGAUCUGAACAAAGGCCUCCAGUAGCUCUCGAGCCUUCUAACGUGAAGAAAAAGGCGGCACCGAAAAAGAAGCCACGGACUAUCACAGGACUAGCUACAGCCGCAUAUAAGCUUGCUAGUCAGUCUGAGCCCAUUGUUGGCGAGGAGAAACGGACCAGGAAAUCAACAGCAGAGAAUUCAGCUGCUGCUACAAAUAUGCCGACAGAUGCGCCGACGAAGAAAACGAGGAAGCGUACUUCCAAAGCCCCAAGAAAGACGAAGAAGAAGGAAUCGCCGCCCAAGCCAAUACUGUUGUCACCAAGCGCCGCACUUCGUCAAGUUGCAAAUCAAGACUUCCUUUUUGGAACAUCAAGUCAACUAGCCCUAGAGCAGUCGCCAGGAUUCUUACGAGAUCUGGCUACGGCAAUAAAAGCUUCCAAUGAAUUUGAGUACAUCUCACUUUCAACGCCGAUUAACAGCGAUGCUGUGGAGCCCCCAGAGCCAAAGCGCUCGCUUUGGAACGCGGCGGCUCGCGACGAAGAUGGGGAUCUCUUUGAUUUAGGGAUUCAAGAACUAGUUCAGAAGUCACAAGAUUUACCCGUCCCUGGGGCACAGGCUGAUCCGUUUGGCUACGUCAAAGGAGCCAGCUCUAGCGGAGAUGAUUCAUUUCUUACUCUUUCUGACGCAUUGCGCCCUCAAGGGUCACCUCGCGUGGGAGAUGUUGAUGCAAAGCGGCCUAACCCCGUGCCUUUGUCGCAAGACGCAGGAUUAAUGCCUCCCGCUCCAAAACCACUGGAUUUACCACCUCGCCCGGAUUUUGCGCUCUAUACUGAUUCACAACUGGCCAGCGAGGUCUCAUCGUAUGGCUUCAAGAACGGCAAGAAUCAAAUUGUCGCCAAUCCAGGGACAAGAUCUGCCUCGACGCUCACUGGUGCAAGCGGCCGCUCACCCAUCAAGUCAGGACGAGCAACAUCGUUGGUCAAAACACCUGCUCGCCCAGAAUCAUCGCUGGCCAGCGAAUCACAGCCGCAAGAGCCACCGCCAUCAGCCCAGCAGCCAAUGAGCCCGCCAAAACGGCCCCGCGGCAGACCGCGAAAGGCGGCAAUACCAACGCCAUCCUUGUCGGAAUCUGUUUCACUUUGCGCUGCAGCUGUGCUGCAAUCGGGCUCUACAUCACUGGCCCCUAGCACUCCAAAGCGAAGCAAGGCCAAGAAGUUUGUCGUCGAAAUACCAGACUCUGGAUCAGAAGCUGAUGAGCUUGAUGCCCUGUCUGCUUCUCCGUCAUCGGUGCCGGAUGAGACCUUUUCUCCUUCGCAGGGCGUUGACCUAUCUCUGUCCAUGGAAGAAGACACAGAACUGUCCAUGGUAGAUUCAACUUGUGACAAGCCAGCCUCUUUUGAGUAUAUUGGCAAGGCGGUUACUAGCGCACCAAGAUGCAAAGAUGUCAAUAAUCCAUCUUGGCAUGAGAAGAUACUCAUGUACGAUCCAAUCAUCCUUGAAGAUCUUACUGCAUGGUUGAACUGCGGACCGCUUACCAAGGUUGGUUAUGAUGAUGAGGUCAGCUCAGGGGAGGUGAAGAAGUGGUGCGAGUCGAAAAGCAUAUGUUGCCUCUGGAAGGUCAAUCUCCGAGGAAAGGAAAGGAAGCGAUAUUGA